UGGUUGUACAACCCGAGCGCCUUCUUUCAAGAAUUCCGUACGGCUUCUUCGGUUAGUUUGCGUCGCAACUUUGAUGGUACCAUCCGUGUCUGUCGUGUUGGGUACCAGUUGCAGUACCGUUAGUUCUAGCAGUGAAAAGUCUGACGGAAAAACUGUGGAUUUUCACAACGAUUACAUUUAUGUGUUCAAUUUGUGACUCGCUAAAGAAAAACUAGAUCGAUGUUGAUAAGGAAAGAGGCGGCCCUACUGGUCGCCCUAUUGGCCAUUAUACGAAUAAAUCCAACCAAUGGAUCAACGAAUCUUUUCACAUGUCCCAAUGGUUGGGAGCUGCGAGGACUCUACUGUUACAAAUUCUUCAACAUCAGACAUUCAUGGGAAAAAGCAGCCGAACUGUGUCGACGAUAUGGGAGUGAUCUGAUGGCAGUAGAAUCCUACUCAGAAAACAACCUGACGGCCAGCAUUGCAAACUACUCGGGAUCAGUAGAGCGACGAGGUCUGGAUCAUUACUGGUUGGGACUCGCCUCCCUGGACGACCUCCGAACCAACACUCUGGAAUCGGCAGCUGGUGCUCUGGUUUCCCAGUAUUCCGGCUUUUGGUCUCUGGACCAGCCCAACCCGGCUUCAGGAGAAUGCGUGGACGUGAUCAUAACCGAGGAGAAUCAGUCAUGGGAGCUGACCACUUGCGAAAGCCUUCUUCCCUUCAUGUGCCGUUCCAGGGCGUGUCCCACUGGGUCUUUCCAUUGCUCGAAUGGAAAUUGCAUCAACGAGAAAUUCAAGUGCGACAAACAAGAUGAUUGCGGCGACAACAGCGACGAACUGGAUUGCGCCCAAAACUGCAACUUCUACCUAGCUAGUAGUGGAGAUGUGGUGGAGUCCCCCUACUACCCGCACAAAUACGCCCCCUUGACCAAUUGCAAGUGGACCUUGGAAGGCCCCCAGGGCCACAACAUCCUGCUCCAGUUCCAGGAGUUUGAAACCGAGAAGAUUUUCGACACUGUCCAGAUCCUGGUGGGCGGACGCACUGAGGACACCUCAGUGAACCUGGCUACAUUGUCUGGGAAGCAGGACUUGGGCAACCGCUCCUUUGUCUCAGCCUCCAACUUCAUGAUCGUGAAGUUCAGCACUGAUGCCUCAGUGGAGAAGAAGGGAUUUAGGGCGUCCUGGAAAACCGAGCCCCAAAUCUGCGGCGGAACCUUAAGGGCGACGCCCCAGGGCCAGAUUCUUAAAUCCCCUGGAUACCCCGACCAAUACCCUGGCGGAUUGGAGUGUCUCUACAUUAUCCGCUCGCAAAACGGGCGCAUCAUCACACUGGAAAUCGACGAUCUGGACCUGGACGAAGCCAGAGACUACCUGCUAGUCCGGGACGGCGACUCACCUAAAAGUAAGCCGAUCGCUCGGCUUACCGGCAAUCUGGAAACCAACCAGCGCAUCGUCAUGUCCACACACUCCCAGCUUUACGUUUACUUCAAGACCAGUCUGGGCGACUCCAGGCGAGGGUUCAGGAUCAGAUACACUCAGGGCUGCAAGGCGACCAUUGUGGCCAGAAACGCCACGUUAACAUCGCCGGCUUUCGGCCUGGAAAAGUACCCCAGCAACCAGGACUGUCUCUAUAAGAUCAGAAAUCCGGUUGGGGGGCCGCUCUCUUUAAAUUUCCAGGAGUUUGAUGUGGACAAGUCCGAUUUUGUGCAGGUGUACGAUGGGCCCACGACUAGUGGACUUAGGUUGCAUCCAGGAAAUGGCUUUACUGAAACAGCCAAGCCAAAGAUCACGCUGACGGCUUCCAGUGGGGAGAUGUUGGUGCGCUUCAGCACCGAUGCCUUGCAUAACAAGGCCGGAUGGCAGGCCAGCUUCUCAGCAGAUUGCCCCCAAUUGCAAGCGGGAGCAGGCGCCUUGGCCUCCAGCAGGGACACAGCCUUCGGCACCAUUAUCACCUUCAGCUGUCCGGCUGGGCAGGAAUUCGCCACUGGCACCAACCGCCUUACCACCCAUUGUUUAUCCGGAGGCAACUGGUCCAUUAGCUACAUCCCCAAGUGCCAGGAAGUGUAUUGCGGCCCAGUGCCUCAGAUCGACAACGGGUUCUCCAUCGGGUCCUCCAAUGUCACCUACAAGGGGCAGGCAAUGUACCAGUGCUAUGCAGGUUUUGCCUUUCCCUCCGCGCAGCCCAUUGAGCGAAUUACUUGUCUAUCUGAUGGCAAAUGGGAGAAGAAGCCCAACUGUUUAGCCUCCCAAUGCGCAACCCUGCCCGAAGUUCCCCAUGCCAAUGUGACCAUUCUGAACGGCCUGGGCAGGUCGUAUGGAACAAUCAUUCGGUACGAAUGCGAGCCUGGAUACAUCCGAAGCGGACCGCCGGUCAUUUUGUGCAUGAGCAACGGCACCUGGAGUGGGGAUGUUCCAGUUUGUUCCCGGGCAAGAUGUCCGAGUCUUCCGGAAAUCGGCAACGGACUCAUCACGGACCGCGCACGCACUUACUACUACACAGACGAGGCUCGCGUGCAAUGCUUCAAAGGCUUCAAGCUGAUUGGUAACAGUAUUUUAAAGUGCGGCGAUAAUCAGCAGUUUAACAAUGCGCCCAAGUGCGAGGACAUUAAUGAGUGCAUCAGCAGCCAAUGCGACGUGGCAUCCACUGAGUGCGUGAACACCGCAGGGUCUUUCCAGUGCAAGUGCCGAAAAGGGUUUGCGCCUACAAAUGAGUGUCGGCCGGUGGCCGAUUUGGGGCUGAUCAAUGGAGGCAUUCCAGACGAGUCGAUCACGGUGUCGGGGAAUGAGGCUGGAUAUGAUAAAACGAUGGUGCGCUUAAACAACGGCGCUGGAUGGUGUGGAAACGCCAUUGAUGGUGGUUCCAACUGGGUGCAACUGGACCUGAGAGCCCCCACCAUCAUCCGCGGGUUCCGAACCAUGGCAGUCACUCGCCUGAAUGGCGAUGUUGCGUUCACUUCAGCCGUUCGCAUCCAAUACACAGACGAUUUGACCGACGUCUUCAAAGACUACCGAAACCCCGACGGUUUGGCCGUAGAAUUCACCAUCGAGAAACCGACUCUCAGCAUCCUCAACUUGCCAGUACCGAUCGAGGCCCAAUUCAUCCGGUUCAAGAUCCAGGACUAUGUAGGCGCUCCCUGUCUGAAGCUGGAAGUGAUGGGUUGCACCCGGAUGGACUGCCAGGACAUUAACGAGUGUGCAGUGAACAACGGCGGCUGCCAGCAAAAGUGCAUCAACAGCGCCGGCGAUUUCUCCUGUGCCUGCAACGUCGGCUUUGAGCUGUACCAGGAGAAUGGAACGGCCUCCUACUUCAUCGAAGCUUCAGAAAAUGGGAAAAGAGACGGCGAUGUCUACCAAGUGAACAAAUCUUGCGUCCCUGUCAUGUGCCCCUCGUUGAACGCUCCCGAAAAUGGCGCAAUUCUCUCCACCAAAGAAAAGUACCACUUCGGCGACCUGGUGAGGUUCCAGUGCGACUUUGGCUACGUGAUGUCGGGCAGCAGCGCGCUCCUUUGCACCUCGAACGGCGCCUGGAAUGGCACUGUUCCGGACUGCAAAUACGCUCAGUGCGUGUCUUUGCCCGACGAGAAAAACGAAGGUCUGAGAGUGAUCAGAAACGACGAGAACAGCGUCCUGGUCCCGUUCAGGGAGAACGUCACGUUGCAUUGCGGCAGCACAGGCAGGCAACUGAGGCGAACCUCCAGCUCGGGCUUCAGGCAGUGCGUCUAUGACCCCAAACCUGGUCUACCCGACUACUGGUUGAGUGGGGCUGCGCCCUCCUGUCCCAGAACCGACUGCGGGGUCCCUCCUCCCACUCCCGGAGCCGAGUAUGGACAGUACAUGGACACACGCUACCAGUCCUCAUUCUUCUUCGGCUGUCAGAACACUUUCAAACUGGCCGGGCAGAGCAGCAAGCAUGACAACAUGGUCAGAUGCCAAGCGAAUGGCGUGUGGGACUUCGGAGAUUUGCGGUGCGAGGGCCCAGUGUGUGAAGACCCUGGAAGGCCAAGCGACGGGAUCCAGGUGUCGCGCAGCUACGAGCAGGGCUCAGAAGUGGGCUUUUCCUGCAACCGGGCCGGUUACAUUCUGAUCAACCCGCGACCAAUCACAUGCGUGCGGGACCCCGAAUGCAAAGUGGUCAAGCCCCUGGGUUUGGCCUCCGGUAGGAUCCCAGACUCGGCCAUCAACGCCACUAGCGAGCGGCCCAACUACGAAGCAAAGAACGUGCGGUUGAGCUCGGUAACUGGAUGGUGCGGCAAACAGGAAGCCUUUACCUACGUCAGCGUGGACUUGGGCAAAGUCUACAGAGUGAAGGCCAUCUUGGUGAAGGGGGUGGUCACCAAUGACAUCGUGGGUCGGCCUACGGAAAUCCGGUUCUUCUACAAGCAGGCCGACAGCGAGAACUACGUGGUUUAUUUCCCCAACUUCAACCUGACCAUGAGGGAUCCGGGCAACUAUGGGGAGCUGGCCAUGAUCUCCCUGCCCAAGUAUGUGCAAGCGCGUUUUGUUAUCUUGGGCAUCGUCAGUUACAUGGACAACGCCUGCUUGAAGUUUGAGCUGAUGGGCUGCGAUGAGCCUGAGAAGGAGCCUUUGCUAGGCUACGACUAUGGGUAUUCCCCCUGUGUGGACAAUGAAACGCCAGUGUUCCAAAACUGCCCCCAGCAGCCUAUAGUGGUGCAAAAGGACGAAAACGGCGGCAUUCUCCCGGUGAAUUUCACAGAACCCACGGCGGUGGAUAACUCUGGCAGCAUUGCGCGUUUGGAGGUGAAACCGGCCAACUUCAAGACCCCAAUGUAUGUCUUCGAGGACAUGGUGGUCAAGUACGUGGCCUUCGACUAUGACGGCAACGUGGCCAUCUGCGAGAUCAACAUCACUGUGCCAGACAACACGCCUCCGCAGCUGAGCUGUCCGCCCAGCUACGUGAUCGAACUGGUCGACCGACAGGACAGCUACCCGGUCAACUUCAAUGAGACCCGCUCGCGCAUCAAUGCAACCGACGCCUCUGGCGACGUUCUUCUAACAUUCAUCCCUGAACGGGCCACCAUUGCCAUUGGGGGCUUUGAAAACGUGACAGUUAUAGCAGCGGAUAAGUACGGCAACAAGGCCUCCUGCUACUACCAGGUCGCAGUGCAAGCCACCCCUUGUGUGGACUGGGAACUGAAGCCUCCAGGAAAUGGAGCCCUAAACUGCCUGCCAGGAGACAGGGGGCUGCAAUGCAUCGCCACCUGCAACCCCGGGUACCGGUUUACGGACGGGGAACCCGUUAAGACGUUCUCCUGUGACAAAAACACCCCGUGGAAACCGGCAGGAGUCGUGCCUGACUGUGUAUCCGAAAAUACUCAGCAGGCCGAUUACCAUUUCAACGCCAUGAUGAACUAUCGAGCCAAUGGCGCCGUGAGUUCCUCCUGCUUGAAGCAAUAUACGGAUCUUCUGGCCCGCUUCUACGACAACCUGAACAACGUGCUGUCUGAGCGCUGCUCUGCGGUGAAUGUGAAAAUGAAUGUUUCCAUCAUCAACGCAGUGGCCAGUUUGGUGGAGGAAAAUGUCGUGAAGGUGGACUACAUCAUCGACAUUGUCCCUCUGGUCCGGCAGCCGCAACUCUACGAUCUGUGUGGAAGCACCCUCAACCUCAUGUUCGAUCUGUCGGUACCUUCGGCUAAUAAAGUUGUGGAGACUCUGCUCAAUGUGCCAUCCAUCGGCAACCAAUGCCCGCCUCUUAAGGCGCUUCGUUCCGAGAAUACCAGAGGGUUCACUUGCAAUGUUGGAGAGGUGCUCAAUAUGGACACCAAUGACGUUCCCAGAUGCCUACACUGUCCAGCUGGAACUUUCGCGGGUUUGAGCCAAAAGCAGUGCACUUACUGCCCAAGAGGGUUCUUCCAGAACAGGGACCGGCAAGGUUCCUGCUCCAAAUGCCCCCAGGGAACCUACACCAGGGAGGAGGGAACCAAGAGCGUCCACGACUGCGUCCCAGUAUGCGGCUACGGCACCUACUCGCCAACUGGCAUGGUGCCAUGUUUGGAAUGUCCGCGCAACAGCUAUUCAGUAGAGCCGCCUACCGGCGGCUUCAAAGACUGCCACGCCUGCCCAGCCAACACUUUCACCUAUCAACCGUCUGCAGCCAGCAAAGAGCUGUGCAAACCGAAGUGUAACCCUGGCCAGUACUCGCCCACAGGUCUGGCGAGCUGUUCUUUGUGUCCGAAAAACUUCUACCAGAGUCUCCCUGGACAGACCUCUUGCAAUGAGUGUCCCUCCAACAUGAACACUGAGGGUCCGGGAGCGGUUGGACGGGAGGAGUGCCAUCCGGUGCAGUGUACUGAAAACGCCUGCCAGCACGGAGGACUUUGUGUCCCGAUGGGACAUGGCGUCCAAUGCUUCUGUCCUGCUGGCUUUUCGGGACGCAGAUGCGAGAUUGAUAUUGACGAGUGUGCGUCGCAGCCCUGCUACAACAGCGGCACCUGCAUCGACUUACCCCAAGGAUAUCGCUGUCAAUGCCCUCCAGGAUAUUCCGGAAUAAACUGCCAGGAAGAGCGCUCGGACUGUUCGAACGACACAUGCCCGGCCAGGGCGAUGUGCAAAGACGAGCCUGGAUACAAGAACUUUACCUGCUUGUGCAGGUCGGGAUACACUGGAGUGGACUGUGACAUCACGAUCGACCCAUGUUCGGCCAAUGGCAACCCGUGCAGCAACGGAGCCACCUGCGUGGCCUUAGAACAGGGCCGAUUCAUGUGCGAGUGCUUGCCCGGAUGGGAGGGACAAACCUGCGAAGUGAACGUGGACGAUUGCUCAGAAAAUCCCUGUUUGCUGGGUUCGAACUGCACGGAUCUGGUGAACGAUUUCAGCUGCUCCUGCCCGGCCGGAUUCACCGGCAAACGAUGCCAGGAGAAGAUCGACCUGUGCAACUCCACUCCAUGCAAGAAUGGCGUAUGCGUCGAUAAGCUCUUCUACCAUGAGUGCGUCUGCCAGCCUGGAUGGACUGGGGAAAGCUGCGAUGUGAACAUCAACGAUUGCCAGGCCAAUCCUUGCGAGAAUGGCGGGCAUUGCACUGAUGUUGUAGAUGAUUUUGUCUGCAAUUGCGAGCCAGGAUUCACUGGUAAACGGUGCCAACACACCAUCGACUUCUGCUCGUCCAAGCCUUGCCAGAACGGCGCCACCUGCAGCGAUCUAGUGGACAGCUUCAGCUGCAAGUGCCGGCCCGGUUACGUGGGGCUGCAAUGCGAAGCUGAGAUCGACGAGUGUCUGAGCGACCCGUGCAACCCGAUCGGAACGGAAAAAUGCGCCGACCUGGACAACCGGUUCUACUGCAUGUGCCGCGAAGGCUACACCGGAAGGAUGUGCGAAGAGAACAUCGACGACUGUCAAAGUGAUCCGUGCCUGAACGGCGGCAGCUGCCGGGACGAAGUGGGCGGCUACAGAUGCAUUUGCCAGCCUGGAUGGACGGGCGAGAAUUGCCAGAACGACAUCGGCAGCUGCCAGACCACGCCCUGCCAGAACGACGCCAAGUGCAUCAAUCUGUUCCAAGACUACUUCUGCGUGUGUCCAUCCGGGACGGAUGGGAAACAGUGCGAGACUGCACCGGAGCGCUGCAUUGGCAACCCCUGCAUGCACGGGGGCAAAUGCAGGGACUUUGGUUCGGGGCUGAACUGCUCCUGCAGCGAAGGCUUUGCUGGCAUCGGCUGCCAGUACGAGUACGACGCUUGUCGCGACAAUGCUUGCAAGAACGGCGCCACCUGCACCAACAGCAUGUUCGGCUUCAAGUGCAUGUGCCCGCCUGGUUUCACCGGAAAAUACUGCGAGGAGGACGUGGUCGACUGCAAGGAGAACUCCUGCCCUCCCAGCGCCACAUGCAUUGAUCUCACCGGCAAGUUUUACUGCCAAUGCCCGUUCAAUCUCACCGGCGAGGACUGCAGGAAGACCAUCUCGGUCGACUACGAUCUGUACUUUAGCGAUCCAGGCCGUAGUUCCGCCUCUCAAGUGGUUCCCUUCUACACUGGAGCUUCGUCCAGCUUAACAAUCGCGAUGUGGGUGCAGUUCACGCAGAAGGACGAAAAUGGGAUUUUCUUCACCCUGUACGGCGUUAGCGCUAAGCAUGUGCCGACCAAUCGGCGCCCCAUCGUCCAGGCGCAUUCCAGUGGCGUGCAAGUGUCCAUUUUCCCCGACCUGCAGGACGUUUAUCUCAGCUAUCGGGACUACACGACCAUCAAUGACGCCCAAUGGCACCACAUCGCUGUGGUUUGGGACGGCGAGAACGGCGGGCAGCUGCAGCUGAUCACUGAGGGCCUGAUUGCUAGCAAAGUGGACGGAUAUGGCAGCGGCAGGAAAUUACCUGAAUAUGCCUGGGUAACUCUUGGAAAACCACAAUCUGGCAACCCGAAAGCCUACACCGAACUGGGAUUCCAAGGCCACCUCACCAAGGUGCAGGUCUGGAAACGGGCCCUGGAUGUGACCACUGAGGUCCAAAAGCAAGUGCGCGAUUGCCGCACUGAACCCGUUCUUUACCGCGACCUGAUCCUCACCUGGGCCGGAUACGAAGACACUGUUGGAGGCGUGGAAAGAAUGGUGCCUUCGCACUGCGGCCAACGCAUCUGCCCGCCCGGCUACACUGGCUCCAAAUGCCAGGAUUUGGAAGUGGACAAAAUUUCCCCUAAGGUGGACUACUGUCCAGGCGAUCUGUGGAUCAUCACCAAGAAUGGAUCGGCUUUGGUCGUGUGGGACGAGCCACACUUUACGGACAACGUGGGCGUGGUUUCUGUGCAAGAGAAGAGCGGGCACCGGCCAGGUCAGACUCUCCUAUGGGGCGUCUACCAGAUCGCCUACGUGGCCAGCGACGAGGCUGGAAACGCAGCCACAUGCACCUUCAAGGUAUCAGUGCUGAGCGAGUUCUGCCCAGAACUACCCGACCCAGUAGGCGGCUACCAAACCUGCAAAGACUGGGGCGCCGGAGGACAGUUCAAAGUAUGUGAGAUCGGCUGCAAUGCCGGCCUCAAGUUCUCCCAGGAAAUCCCCAAGUUCUACACCUGUGGAGCCGAAGGCUUCUGGAGGCCCAACUCGGACUCGGCUCUUCCUGUUGUCUACCCAGCGUGUUCUACGGCCAAACCCGCGCAGAGAGUGUUCAGGAUCAACAUGCUCUUCCCCAGCUCAGUGCUGUGCAAUGAGGCCGGCCAGGGCGUGCUGCGGCAGAAAGUGCGCAGCGCCGUCAACACCCUCAAUCGCGACUGGAACUUCUGUUCGUUCUCAGUGGAAGGAACCAGAGAAUGCAAAGAACUGAACAUCGACGUCAAGUGCGACCACAGAUCUGGACGGCAGGCCAGACAAGCCUCAGAUGAGGAGGACGAGAGCACUUACGUGAUCGACGCCAGUGUGCCGGUUGAAAAAACAGACAGACAAGGACGCCAAUCAGCGAGCGAUACGUACAACAUUGAAAUCGCUUUCCCGGCACUAAACGAUCCAGUGACGCACUCCAACACCAACGAACGCUCCACUGUAAAGGACCUCCUGGAAAAGCUGAUUCUGGAAGAGGGCCAGUUUGAUGUCCGCGACAUUCUGCCCAACACUGUGCCUGACCCGUCCUCCUUAGUUCUGCAGUCGGACUACGCUUGUCCGGCUGGCCAAGUGGUGGAAGCUCCCGAUUGCGUGCCUUGCUCCAUUGGGACGUUCUUCAACAAGGACACCAAGUCGUGCCUGCCAUGCCCGCAGGGCUCCUACCAAAGCGAGUCUGGGCAGUCGCAGUGCAUGGAAUGUCCAGUGAUAGCAGGAAGGCCAGGAGUGACUGUCAGCUCUGGAGCCAGAAGCGCUGCUGACUGCAAAGAACGCUGCCCUGCUGGCAAGUUCUACGACCACGAAGCGGGACUGUGCAGAUCCUGCGGCCAUGGCUUCUACCAACCAGAAGAGGGAGCCUUUGGAUGCCAGAUCUGCGGCUUGGGAAAAACCACUCGAACAAACGAAGCGGUGUCGGUGAAGGAGUGUCGAGACGAAUGCGCCAAUGGACAGCAGCUGGCGCAGGACGGACGUUGCGAGCCUUGUCCCAGAGGAACCUACCGAUCGCAGGGCGUUCAGGCGGCUUGUGUAGGCUGUCCCAUCGGUCGCACCACCCCCAAAAGUGGUGCAAUCACCAUUGAGGAGUGCUCGCUCCCGGUUUGCUCGGCAGGCAGCUACUUGAAUGGAACCCUCAACAGUUGCAUCCCUUGCAAAAGGGGCUUCUACCAGCCGGAAAGUCAACAAACCACCUGCAUUUCGUGUCCUCCCAAUACCAGCACGAAGGGCCCCGCAGCGAAAUCCAAGUCUGAGUGUACGAAUCCAUGCGAAAUGAAUGGACAAGAGAUGCAUUGCGACCCGAACGCCUACUGCCUGCUCAUUCCGGAGACCAGCGAUUUUAAGUGCGAGUGCAAACCCGGCUUUAAUGGCACCGGAAAAGAGUGCACCGAUUCCUGCGACGGUUACUGCGAGAACGAGGGCGUCUGCGUCAAGGAUGUGUCCGGCACGCCAUCCUGCAGAUGCAUCGGCAGCUUUACCGGCAAACACUGCAGCGAAAAAUCCGAGUUUGCCUACAUUGCGGGCGGAAUUGCCGCCUCUGUGAUCCUGAUCAUCUUUAUCGUGCUACUCAUCUGGAUGAUCUGUGCCAGAGCCUCCAAGCGCAAAGAACCAAAGAAACUGCUCAGCCCGGCAACGGACGCCAAUGGGUCCCAAGUCAACUUCUACUACGGCGCCCCGACGCCCUACGCAGAAUCGAUUGCUCCCUCUCAUCACUCCACUUACGCGCACUAUUACGACGAUGAGGAGGACGGCUGGGAGAUGCCCAACUUCUACAAUGAAACCUACAUGAAGGAGGGUCUGCAUAAUGGCAAAAUGAACAGCCUGGCCAGAAGCAAUGCCAGCCUGUACGGGACCAAAGACGACCUUUAUGACCGACUAAAACGACACGCGUAUCCCGGCAAAAAAGAAAAAAGCGACAGCGAUAGCGAGGUCGGCCAAUGAGAACAAAUCCACCAGCAAUCUGGUCAAAGAAAUGCUCAAAAGAAGCACCAAUGCUGUAGAUUUAGAUCAGGUCUACGCCUAGUCUAGGUAGUUAUUAAUUUAGGGGGAAAAUCUUUCGUAGUCUUCGGACUAUCAGACGUUUUUCCCCAAAUGCAAUCUGUACAUUGCAACGAAGCAUUUAGUCCAGUGGCGAAAACUCGACUGUUCACUUUUCGUCGCUGGACAGCUUUUAGAGUAAAACAAUGUAAAAAGUCUCGACUAUUUGAGUAGCUUAGUCAAACGUAAUUUGUAUUUAUUAAACAAUUGUACCUUCUUUUAAUUUUACCCAGAGAAUUUUUUAAGGCAGUUGGCUCUCAAGCUGUUGUGUAUUUUUAUGUAUAUCAAUAACUUAUAACAAUAUUAUAUAAUUAUGUUGAAAAUUUGCAAGAAUGAGUGAAUGUGCACGUACGAUUUAAGGUGUGACUGGCUGGGAUUUGAAUAAAGAAAUAUAUUUCCAAAA